AUGGUGUUCCGCAACGUGGGUCGGCCGCCAGAGGAGGAGGACGCGGAGGCGGCCCCGGAGCCCGGACCCUCGGAACUACUGUGCCCCCGGCACCGAUGUGCUCUGGAUCUCAAGGCCCUGCCGUCGGGGCUGGCGCUCGAGCGGACCUGGGGCCCAGCGGCUGGACUAGAGGCACAGUUGGCGGCUCUGGGGCUCGGACAGCCGGAGGGGUCGGGGGUCAAGAUGGUCGGUGGGGGUUGCUGCCCGUGCCCGUGCCCCCCGCAGCCGGCCCCUCCGCAGCCUCUGCCGCCGGCUACCGCCCCGCAGGUAGGGGAGGACCCCACGGAAACGAGCGACGCACUGCUGGUCUUGGAAGGCUUGGAAUCUGAGGCCGAGAGCCUGGAGACUAACAGCUGCUCGGAAGAGGAGCUCAGCAGCCCGGGCCGCGGAGGAGGAGGGGGCGGCCGGCUUCUGCUGCAGCCCCCAGGCCCCGAAUUACCGCCAAUCCCCUUCCCGCUGCAGGACUUAGUCCUUCCAGGGCGCUUGAGUCGGGGGGAGCCGCAGCAGCAACCUCCCCCGCCCCCGCCGCCUCCUGGGCCCCUCCGGCCACUCGCGGGCCCUUCUCGGAAAGGCUCCUUCAAAAUCCGCCUCAGUCGCCUCUUUCGCACGAAGAGCUGCAACGGUGGCUCCGGCGGUGGGGAUGGGACCGGCAAGAGGCCUUCUGGAGAGCUGGCUGCUUCAGCUGCGAGUCUGACGGACAUGGGUGGCUCUGCAGGCCGGGAGCUGGACGCGGGGAGGAAACCCAGGUUGACAAGAACUCAAAGUGCCUUUUCUCCGGUCUCCUUCAGCCCCCUAUUCACAGGUGAAACGGUGUCGCUUGUGGACGUGGACAUUUCUCAGCGGGGCCUGACCUCUCCACAUCCUCCAACUCCCCCUCCUCCUCCGAGAAGAAGCCUCAGCCUCCUAGAUGAUAUCAGUGGGACGCUGCCUACAUCUGUCCUUGUGGCUCCGAUGGGGUCUUCCCUGCAGUCCUUCCCCCUACCUCCGCCUCCUCCACCUCAUGCCCCAGAUGCUUUUCCCCGGAUUGCUCCCAUCAGAGCAGCUGAAUCCCUGCACAGCCAGCCCCCCCAGCACUUCCAAUGUCCCCUCUACCGGCCUGACUCAAGCAGCUUUGCCGCCAGCCUUCGAGAAUUGGAGAAGUGUGGCUGGUAUUGGGGCCCAAUGAAUUGGGAAGAUGCAGAGAUGAAGUUGAAAGGGAAGCCAGAUGGUUCUUUCCUGGUACGAGACAGCUCUGAUCCUCGCUAUAUCCUGAGCCUCAGUUUCCGAUCACAGGGUAUCACCCACCACACUAGAAUGGAGCACUAUAGAGGAACCUUCAGUCUGUGGUGUCACCCCAAGUUUGAGGAUCGCUGCCAGUCCGUGGUAGAGUUCAUUAAGAGGGCCAUCAUGCAUUCCAAGAAUGGGAAGUUUCUCUACUUCUUGAGAUCCAGGGUUCCAGGACUACCGCCAACUCCAGUCCAGCUGCUCUAUCCAGUAUCCCGAUUCAGCAAUGUCAAAUCCCUCCAGCACCUUUGCAGAUUCCGGAUCCGACAGCUCGUCCGGAUAGAUCACAUCCCGGAUCUCCCACUGCCUAAACCUCUGAUCUCUUAUAUCCGAAAGUUCUACUACUAUGAUCCUCAGGAAGAGGUAUAUCUGUCUCUAAAGGAAGCGCAGCUCAUUUCCAAACAGAAGCAAGAGGUGGAAUCCUCCACGUAGCGAGGGGCCCCAGGCUGGUCGCCAUCAAGGG